GAAUCAUCGCAGCUUAUUACCAAUGCAGCCAAUGAUCCCCUCAGCAUGCAAUUUAUAAACUUCUUCCCUUCCUCACCUCCUCCACUGCAACAACCAAAUAUAACUUCCCAAGCUCCAUCCUCUCUCUUCUACUUCCCAUAAUCUAUUGCUACCAUGGCUUUUCAUUUUUACUGCUGCUUCUUUCUUCUCAUGUUGCUGCAGGCUUCUCUAGUCAACUCUUCCCAAGCUGCAGUAGCCAACCAGUCUCAAUUCUUCACUCUCAUGAAGAAGAGCCUCAUAGGAAAACCCCUGUCUGAUUGGAAUGAAGCAGAACCCUUCUGCAACUACAAGGGAAUUGGUUGCAACCAAAGAGGGUAUGUGGAGAAGAUUGACAUCAGUGGCUGGUCAUUAUCCGGCCACUUCCCUGAAGAUGUUUGCUCUUACCUCCCCGGGAUCCGCAUUCUUCGCCUCGGCUACAACAACUUCCAUGGAGAUUUCCCUGCCAGUAUCACCAACUGCUCUCUCCUACAAGAACUCAACAUGAGCUCUGCAUACCUCACAGGAAAGCUGCCAGAGUUUGAUCAAAUGAAGGCUCUGAUGAUACUUGAUCUCUCAUACAAUCUUUUUACAGGUGACUUCCCCAUUUCCAUCACCAACCUCACCAAUCUUGAGGAGCUCAACUUCAAUGAAAAUGAUGGGUUCAAUUUAUGGCAACUUCCAGAGAGCUUUCCCAGGCUGACAAAGCUCAAAUCCAUGAUCAUGACAACCUGCAUGGUUCAAGGUUUCAUCCCGGGAUCUUUAGGAAACAUCACAUCCCUGGUUGAUCUUGAAUUGAGCGGAAAUUUCUUGGUGGGCCAGAUUCCAGCAGAGCUUGGGAUGCUGGUCAAUUUGAGACAGCUUGAGCUUUACUACAACCAGCUUGAUGGUGUAAUACCUGGAGAGCUAGGGAAUCUCACAGAACUCAGAGAGUUGGACAUAUCAGUGAACAAGUUAACUGGAACAAUCCCAGAAUCUAUAUGCAGCCUUCCAAAUCUUCAAGUAUUGCAGCUCUACAACAAUACACUGACUGGAGAACUUCCUGAUGCAAUUGCAAACUCAACAACUUUGAACACCUUGUCAAUUUAUGACAAUCUCUUAACAGGAGAAGUUCCUCGAGGUCUUGGCCGAUCAUCACCCAUGGUUGUUCUGGAGUUAUCCGAAAAUCAAUUCUCUGGAGAGCUGCCGGGGGAGGUCUGCAAGGAAGGCAAGCUGCUAUACUUUCUUGUCCUGGAAAACAUGUUUACUGGGAAACUGCCAGAAAGUUAUGCAAGAUGUGAGUCUCUUAUACGCUUUCGAGUUAGUUAUAACAAGUUGGAGGGAUCUGUACCGGAGGGACUUUUUGCUCUUCCACAUGCUUCAAUCAUUGAUCUGGGGUACAAUCGUUUGAACGGAUCCAUUGCAAAAUCAAUUGGAAAUGCUAAAAACUUGUCAGAACUUUUCAUACAGAGCAACAGGAUUUCAGGUGUCCUGCCUCCGGAAAUCUCACAAGCUGACUAUCUGGUGAAGAUUGAUCUGAGCAACAAUCUCCUUUCUGGUCCAUUACCUUCUGAAAUUGGUAAUCUGAGAAACCUUAACUUACUGAUGCUGCAAGGUAACAAGUUCAAUUCUUCCAUCCCUGACUCACUCUCUUCACUAAAAUCUCUGAAUGUUCUUGAUCUCUCAAACAACCUCUUGAUGGGGAACAUCCCGCAGAGUCUUUCUGAACUGCUACCAAAUUCAAUGAACUUCUCCAACAAUCUACUUUCUGGCCCAAUUCCUCCCUCAUUUAUAAAGGGAGGUUUACUGGAAAGUUUUUCAGGUAAUCAAGGUCUCUGUGUUCCAGUCUACCUCAAUUCAUCAGAUCCAAAAUUUCCAAUCUGUUCACAAUCUCAUAACCGAAAGAAAAGAAACUGUAUCUGGGUAGUUGGACUUUCAGUAGGGAUUGUUAUAGUUGGGAUUACUUUGUUUCUUAAGCGAUGGUUCAGUCGGAAAGGUUCAACAAUGGAACAUGAGGAGACCUAUUCUUCCUCCUUUUUCUCAUAUGACGUGAAAAGCUUCCAUAGAAUAAGCUACGAUCACCGAGAAAUCAUUGAGGCCAUGGUUGACGAGAACAUAGUGGGACAAGGAGGAUCUGGGACGGUGUAUAAAAUUGAAUUGAGCAAUGGGGAAGUCAUUGCUGUGAAGAAACUAUGGAGUCGCAGAAUGAAAGGUUCUGCUUCAGAGGACCAACUGGUUUUGGACAAGGAGUUGAAAACAGAGGUUGAGACUCUGGGAAGCGUAAGGCACAAGAAUAUUGUGAAGUUGUACAGCUGCUUCUCAAGCUUGGAUUGCAGUUUGUUGGUUUAUGAAUACAUGCCUAAUGGAAACCUCUGGGAUGCACUUCACAGACGAAAGAUCCUUUUGGAUUGGCCAACGCGCCAUCAGAUUGCCCUAGGAAUAGCUCAGGGUUUGGCCUACCUCCACCAUGAUCUCAAGCCAUCCAUCAUUCAUAGAGACAUCAAGUCAACUAACAUUCUGCUGGAUAUCAAUUACCAUCCCAAGGUUGCAGACUUUGGCAUAGCCAAAGUUUUGCAAGCAAGAGGAGGCAAAGAUUCCAGCACUACUGUAAUAGCAGGGACUUAUGGAUACAUAGCUCCAGAAUAUGCAUAUUCUUCCAAGGCAACAACCAAGUGUGAUGUCUACAGCUUCGGAGUGGUACUGAUGGAACUAAUAACUGGAAGGAAGCCAGUGGAAGCAGAAUUUGGAGAGAGCAAAAACAUUAUAUACUGGGUUGCCACAAAGGUAGAGAAAAAAGAAGGGGUUAUGGAGGUUUUAGACAAACAACUAGCAGGGUUAUUCAAAGAUGAGAUGAUUAAGGUGCUCAGGAUUGCUAUCCAGUGUACAUACAAGACACCGGCCAGUCGCCCAACCAUGAAAGAGGUCGUCCAGUUGCUGAUUGAGGCAGACCCCUGCAGAUUCGAUUCUUGCAAGUCAAAUAAGACAAAGUAAAUGGCAAAUGUCACAAAGACAAAGAUUCCAAGUGAAUUAUGAUGGUAGGAGGGAUUUUGUUGGGGGUUUAACGUGGAGUCCUAUAGCAUAUAUAGAUAUGUACUAGCUCUCGAACUAUUGAGAGUAAAGAAUUUCCCUCUAUUUUGCUACCUUUCAAAAGUAGUUGAUGGGGGGUCUGCAUCAAUUGUUUUCUUUUAGUAUAUUUUCCCCUUUUUUCUUGGCCUAUUGUAAAGCGUAUGAGGAAACUAAUAAAUGCAUCUGCUUUAAGGCAA